AUGGGCGAAUUCCCCGUCAAGAAGUGCGGCGUUCUCGGCUGCACCGGCUCCGUCGGCCAGCGCUUCAUCCUGCUUCUGUCGCAGCACCCGUACCUCAAGCUCGUCGCUGUCGGCGCCUCGUCCCGCUCCGCCGGCAAGAAAUACCGCGAUGCCGUGAGGUGGAAGCAGGCCUCGCCCAUGGGCGCCGUCGCCGACCUCGUCGUCCGCGAGUGCAAGGCCUCUGAGUUCAGCGACUGCGACGUCAUCUUCAGCGGUCUCGACUCUGACGUUGCCGGCCAGAUUGAGAUGGAAUUCCUCAAGGCCAACCUCGCCGUCUUCUCCAACGCAAAGAACUACCGCCGCGACCCCCUCGUGCCCCUCGUCGUCCCCACCGUCAACCUCCCCCAUCUCGACCUGAUCCCCCACCAGCGCAAGCAGCACAACCUCGAAAAGGGCUUCCUCGUCUGCAACUCCAACUGCGCCGUCAUCGGCCUCGUCAUUCCCUUCGCGGCCCUGCAAGCCGUCUUCGGCCCCGUCGAUCAGGUCUCCGUCGUCACCAUGCAGGCCGUCUCAGGCGCCGGCUACCCGGGCGUCUCGUCCAUGGACAUGAUUGACAACGUCGUCCCCUUCAUCUUGGGCGAGGAGGACAAGCUCGAGACGGAGGCGCAAAAGAUCCUCGGCACCAUCACCUCGGACCUCACCGCGUUCGAGGACCAGAGCCAGCUCAAGGUCAGCGCGGCGUGCAACCGCGUGCCCGUGCUCGACGGCCACACGGCCUGCGUCUCGCUCAAGUUUGCGCGCCGCCCCGCGCCUUCGGCCGAGGAGGUCAAGAAGGCGCUGCGCGAGUACGUCUCCGAGGCGCAGAAGCUUGGGUGCCCUUCCGCGCCCGAGAGCCCUAUCCUCGUGCACGACGAGCCUGACCGGCCGCAGCCGAGACUCGAUCGCGACCUCGGUAGGGGGUACACCGUCAGCGUUGGCCGUGUUCGGGAGGAUGAGAGCGGAAUCUUUGAUAUCAAGUUUGUUGCGCUUAGCCACAACACCGUUAUUGGCGCUGCUGGCUCGUCGAUCCUCAAUGCUGAGGCUGCUGUGCUCAAGGGCUUCGUUUAA